AGCACAAAGCAAUGGCGAAAUUUAUGAAAAUUACUAUACUCUUGGUGAUCGCACUGGCGACGAUCGUCGUUUGUAUAGAAGAAAGCGGCAUCGAGGGCAGAGGUCCUGUUUUGGACAAAGUCUACUUUUUGGGUGUGGAGAAGUUAUCCUGGUAUGCGGCAAGCUUUUAUUGUGAGAAAAGCGGUUGGAAAUUGGUGACCAUUGAGAGUACGCGCGAUCAAGCCAAUCUCAUGCAGUUUUUGAGUUAUUAUAACAUUAACGACAGAGGCUAUUGGUCAGCUGGCAAUAGAUUAAGCAACGACGUGGAUUGGCGUUGGGGCUUUGAAAGUGAAGAAAUGAAUUACACAAAUUGGCAAAAUACUGAUCAGCAAUGUCAAUGUGUGGAUACUAGUGACUGCGUAAAACUCGUGGAAAGGAAUCUGCGUUGGAAGGGCGAAGACUGUUUUGCGGAACUUGAUUUUAUUUGUCAAAAGAAUAUAUAAAUAUACGU